AUGUGCAGACACAUCCUCAACGCCCAGGUCUCCAUCCGCUCGCCUUGCUGCAAGAAAUGGUUCGAUUGCGCCGAGUGCCACCAGGAGCAGAGCGACCACCCGCUACAGCAGACGUUUGACAUGGUCUUCAUCUGCAAAAAGUGCAAAAAGGCCUUCCGCAAGGAUGCGCGCGAAUUCGAAGACGCCGACGAGUACUGCCCGCACUGCGACAACCAUUUCGUUCUAGAGGCCAAAACUCCCAAGGCCUCGCUGCAAGUCGAGGGCGAGGAUGUGCGAAAGGACGCCAGGAUGCUCAAGGACGAACGUGUACGAGCCGAAGAGAUGCGCACCAUAUUCGAUGUCAAGGAAGCACCGGACAAGUUGGGCUGA